CCUCUCGCAGCCGCUGCUGCCGCUGGUGCACUGCUGGCGGGUGCCCGAGCCUCAGAGUUACUGAUUUAUUCUUGAGAAUCCUCUACUCUCAUCUGUCCUGAUGGAUGAACUUCAGGAUGUUCAACUCACAGAGAUCAAACCACUUCUAAAUGAUAAGACUGGUACACGAAACUUCCAGGACUUUGACUGUCAGGAACAUGACAUAGAAACAACUCACGGUGUGGUUCACGUCACCAUCAGAGGCCUCCCAAAGGGAAACAGACCAGUUAUUCUGACAUAUCAUGACAUUGGCCUCAAUCAUAAAUCCUGUUUCAAUGCAUUUUUUAACUUUGAGGAUAUGCAAGAGAUCACCCAGCACUUUGCUGUCUGUCAUGUGGAUGCCCCAGGCCAGCAGGAAGGUGCACCUUCUUUCCCAACAGGGUACCAGUACCCCACAAUGGAUGAGUUGGCUGAAAUGCUGCCUCCUGUUCUUACCCACUUAAGUCUGAAAAGCAUCAUUGGGAUUGGAGUUGGAGCUGGAGCUUACAUCCUCAGCAGAUUUGCACUCAAUCAUCCAGAACUCGUGGAAGGCCUUGUGCUCAUUAACGUUGACCCUUGUGCUAAAGGCUGGAUUGACUGGGCAGCUUCCAAACUCUCAGGCUUGACAACUAAUGUUGUGGACAUUAUUUUGGCUCAUCACUUUGGGCAGGAAGAGUUGCAGGCCAACCUGGACCUGAUUCAAACUUACCGACUGCAUAUUGCCCAAGAUAUCAACCAAGAAAACCUACAGCUCUUCCUGGGUUCUUAUAAUGGACGCAGAGACCUGGAGAUUGAAAGACCGUUGCUGGGCCAAAAUGAUAAUAAAUCGAAGACAUUAAAGUGUUCUACUCUACUGGUGGUAGGGGACAGUUCACCUGCAGUCGAGGCUGUGGUUGAAUGCAAUUCUCGCCUGAAUCCUAUAAAUACAACUUUGCUAAAGAUGGCAGACUGUGGUGGGCUACCCCAAGUAGUUCAGCCUGGAAAGCUCACCGAGGCCUUCAAGUACUUUUUGCAGGGAAUGGGCUACAUACCAUCUGCCAGCAUGACCCGGCUCGCCCGAUCACGAACCCACUCAACUUCAAGUAGCAUCGGCUCUGGAGAAAGUGCCUUCAGCCGAUCUGUCACCAGCAAUCAAUCAGAUGGAACUCAAGAAUCCUCUGAGUCCCCUGAUGUUGUGGACAGACACCAGACCAUGGAGGUGUCCUGUUAAGCAGAUGAUCCUCCCCUGGACCAUGCAAGUCCAUCCUCCUUCAAACGACCACUCCAUAAUAUAACAUUUCAUCCAGCAAACUGGCAUCUAUCUUUAACUCCUGCAU